AUGAAUUUAGACGGCCAGGUGCCUCUGACUGCGCGGGAGGCUGCAUCGGGUCUUCUGGGCUCGGUGUCGAUGACCUGCUGGAUCUUUUUACUGGUUCCCCAACUCAUCGAAAACUACCGAAAUGGCAACGCCGAAGCCAUCUCUCUCUUGUUCGUGUUUGUCUGGUUCGUCGGCGACGUAGCCAAUCUGGUGGGCGGGCUCCUGGCGGGCCUGGUCCCCGUAAUCGUCGCCAUCGCCGUGUACUUCUGCAUCGCAGAUGGCGUGCUGAUCACGCAAUGCCUGUAUUACAAGGCGCGCAAUACGCGCCGCGAGGCUCUCCGCCGUCGCCGCUCCUCUACCGAAACCCUUGACCCGACGACCCCCCUGCUAGGCCGCCGCUUCAGCGACAGUAUUCCGGCGCCCGCAUCGCGGCGCCGAUCGUCGGGCUCGUUGCGCGGGCAUCAGGGUGCGGGGCGGCGUGAGAGCCAGAUCGAGGAUACGCUGGCCAAGAUUGUGGAAGAGAAUGACUAUGGUCACAAGGCAUGGAUCAAGAACUUUCUGAGUGUCGUCGGCAUCUUUGUGGUUGGUAUGGCUGGGUGGACUAUUGCCUGGCAGACGGGCAUGUGGACUCCUGCGCCGCAGGAGAACCACAAGACCGAGGAUAUGGCCACGGGAGGCCUGGUGCUGGGUUAUUUCAGCGCUGUAUGCUACCUGGGUGCGAGGCUCCCUCAGAUCUACAAGAACUACUGCGACAAAUCCUGUGAAGGACUGUCACUUCUAUUCUUCAUUCUCUCUCUGUUGGGCAACUUGACCUACGGCGCAGGGAUCAUGUGCCACUCCAACGACAAGGAAUAUGUCCUCACAAAUCUGCCUUGGUUGAUCGGCUCCUUGGGAACAAUGGUCGAGGAUGUGAUCAUCUUCAUCCAAUUCCGUGUCUACGCCGUUCCCCAGGAUCUUCCCCCUUCGGCAGUAUCAUGA